GGCUAUGUGUCUCGGCGGGCCUGGGAAUUCACGGAGUCCAUGGCCUUUUACAAACAUUGCGGCCGUCCGAGGAAGACGACAUGCAGCCUGGAGCCAGCCACUUGUGAUGAUGGCGAGACCACCGAGACCAUCUUCGCAUCUAUGACCAAUACGCCGCCAUCACCCUCAGGCGUUGAAAGUUUCGAGGAAUCCUCCCCACAGGAGCUGCCAAUGCCAGCAACGCCGGCAUUGGCAGAACGACCGUCGGUAGCCGGUAAACACGAGGCUGCAGCGAAGCACAAGAAAGUGAAAAAAAAUGACCACUUUGAAGAGCAGCUGUUGUCUAGACUUGACAGCCAGAUGUCAGAAAAUGAGGCAUUUGGAGUAUCUAUCGGCCUCAGCCUGGACAAGAUGCCCCGUAAGGUGGCACUGAAAUGCAAAGCCCAGAUAAUGGCACUAAUUGCACAAAUGGAGGACGAAGACAAUGUGCAAACCAUCAGCAUUAAUUAAACUUUGCUUGUGAUAAUUCUGUGAUAUUUUUUCUCUGUAAGUAGUGCCGCACUUUAAAAAUUAGAAGUUUUCAAGAGUUGAACGCGAUAGCGUAAAUAUGCUAUGUUGGCUUCGGAAAUCAUGGAAGACUUGCUUGCUUGUUUGUUCGCUUGCUAUUUUUGCUCAUAGGCAAUGCCGACACCGGAUUUCCCGCGAAACGAUCUCCUAAAUGCGAUCGCAUUAAAAGGUAGCUGAUGAAUACAAAUUCAAUUUAUGGCUGGCUACAUUCCAAAGCCAUGAUGUCAUCAUGAGGCACACUGUAGUGUGGAGUUAAUUUUGACUGCCUCUGAUACACUAUGAAGCCGCUAAAUUAAAGUACACAGGUGUUCUGGCAUUUCGCCCCUAUCCAAAUGCGGCCAUAGGGCCUGGAAUCAAACCCUCAUCUUUAUUCGCAGAGCGGCACUUCACCUGCUAAGCUUCCAUGCCGGUUUAUCAGUACAGAGAAUCCAAAUGUGAUAUGAUGCAAGUGUGAUAUGCUGUUACCCAAAGCUGUGAUAAAACAUUUGGAGUGCCAGUAUACGGACAAUUGUUCCUAUGCAUAUAAUAUUAUAUGUUGAGCACUACAUAGUAUGUUACUGUGAGCAUUUCUUUCAUGGUGAUGUGUAUUCGAUCCAUUACUAUCCAAGAUCUUAUUCUUGCGUUAAGAGUGGUAUUCUGUUUUUUUUUUUUUUUGUGCAUUUUCAGCAUGACACGCUUCAGAAAGUGCAUUUGUUUUGCAUUUCUUGUCGGUCUUUCUAAUGUGGGAAUAUUUUACAAUAUGUGAUAGAUAUUCUUACCUAUUUUUAAUGUCAUUGUGCACCUUAUAGAAAGUUUCAUUUUUGCCACGCGCAAGGUAUAUUGAGCACCGUAUACAGUAGUACAAAAUGUUCAACAUCAGUCUAAUACAUAGGCAACAGUUUGCAUACGGCAUCAAACAAAAGGCUCAAUUGCACUAUGACGAUAAAUAUGUUAUUCUCAUGUGUUUUUCCUACACAUUUCAGAAGUUUGUUCAGAUUAUUCCAAUGCAACGUACCAGGACAAGGGAACGGAGGACACGGGCUGGCAGUUGAGAUAACACACACACACGUGUGUGUGAAUCUGCAUUUUUGUUUACACUUGCUGCAUUUUUACCUUUGUGUUGCACACAAAUAUAUCAUGUUAUUGCAUACGUAACUGUAACUGCUCUUGGUUUUUUGUGCACUCCAUUUGAACCUUAUCAUUAAAUAUCAUUUUUUCUA